UGAGAUUCACUCAAAUAAUUAUAACCUAAUCAGUCAUAAUCCCAUUUUCCUUUCCCCUCCCAAUCGGCGCUCCCCCUUACUGCCUUACUCGCUCUCUUCACGGUCACCGACCAUUACUGCCCAUCAUCUGUGUUGUGUUGUUGGCGUCGUUGGAAUCGUCGCUUACCUCACUGCCUCUCCUCAGUUGCCAGAAUCGAAGCCCACUUCACUUCCUCUGCUCACUUCCCUGAUUCUCCAUCGCGUGUGUUCCUCGUUGGCACCAUGUCGAUUCUUAUCUUCUCCGUUGCCUGUGUUCCUUGAUGAAAGUCCAACCGGCGGAGACAGCGGCAUCUCCCUCGCACCGGCGUCCCUGCCUUUCUCUCCCUCACGUCUCUCUCUCCCUCAAAACUCGGAUAGAAGUCUAACCAAGAGCCCAGAAAGCACCGGAAUCACCGGCGGCGACGACGACUCGGCUCUCCCUCUCACGUAGCUUUCUCUCUCGUAGCGCAACGCAGAGCCCAGAAAGCACCGGCGGCGACAAGGCGGCAAGGCGAAGGCGUCUCCCUCUUUCACAGCCCUCCCUCUCGUCCUUGGCUCUCUCUCCCUCACAGCUGCGAAGGCGGCAAGGCGCGCUCGUCUCUCCUCUCUCAGUUCUGCGGACGGCUGUGAGGUGCUCCUGUUCUCUGCCGGAAAGGUCCUUGUCUGAAAAGUUGAGAGUGACCAAGACCCAGAAAGGCUACUAGAAUUGUAGGCUGAACAUCUUGGUUCUUUCGCAUUCACCCAACUUCUUCCCUCAUUAUUGGGUUGAUUUGGUGAGCAACUUCAUUUAUUGAUUGUGGCUAAUGAAAGAGGGUGUUCCAGCAUUGCAUUUGCAUCACAAGGUAGCUCUUCUCUUGGGAUCAUCAUGCAAAACCCAAUCCCACAUUUCUCAAAUUCACGCCUUUAUGCUCAAAACCGCACUCAUCAACCUUCCCUUCCCGCUCAGCAAGCUCCUCGCAGCAUCAAUCUCACACAUCCACUACGCUGCCUCCAUUUUCAAUUCUGCUCCAAACCCCAAUCUUUUCAUGUUCAACACUAUGCUCAGAGGAUAUUCCAUCAGCAACUCCCCUGCCAAGGCCUUGCCCCUUUUCAACCAACUUAGGAACCGCCCAAUUCUCAUUGACCGCUUCUCUUUCAUCACUGUCAUCAAGGCUUGUGCUAGGCUUUCCAACCUUGUCUUUGGGCGAGGCCUUCAUGGCCUUGCACUCAGGUCUGGAACUCUGCUUUUUCUUGAUUUCAGGAAUACCCUUUUGCAUUUCUACUGCGUUUCCAGGAGACUUGGAGAUGCUCACAACCUGUUUGAUGAAUUUCCCCAACGAAAUGACUUGGUCUCAUGGAACACUUUGAUGGCUGGCCACCUUCUUGCUUCUCAGCCUGAGCUGACCUUUCAUUUGUUUCGGAAGAUGCGUUGUUGCGGGGUUGAAGCGAGUGUUGCAACUGCAUUGAGUCUUUUGUCGGCAGCUGCUGAUAUGCAGAGUUUUCUUGGAGGCAAGUGUCUUCAUGGUUACUAUAUCCGACUUGGACUUAGUUCUAAUUUGAAUGUUCUUACUGCAUUGAUUGAUCUCUAUGCAAGAAUGGGUCGUAUCUUUUUGGCACAUCGAGUUUUUGAUGGUGUUGCUCAGAAGGAUGUUAUCCUAUGGAACUGCUUGAUUGGCAAGUAUGCAAGAAAUGGGCUGCUUGGAGAAGCAGUAAAAUUGCUGCAGCAAAUGAGUCUUGAAGGUUUUAAACCUAAUUCUUCUACUUUAGUUGGGUUGCUUUUGGGUUGCCCUGCUUCCGGAUCUAUGCAAGUAGUACGAUAUGUUACUAGUUUUAUGGUAGAGGAGAAACUAGAGCUGGAUACAGUUCUUGGAACAGCACUUGUUAAUGCAUAUGCCAAAUGUGGCUUUCUAGACGAGGCUACAGACAUAUUUGAGAGGAUGAAGGGUAAAGAUAUGAAAGCAUGGACAGCCAUGAUUUCAGGUCAUGGAAUUCAUGGCCAGCCGACUAAUGCUGUUAAGCUUUUCAACAGGAUGGAUAAUGAAGGGUUUAGACCAAAUGAGGUUACAUUCUUGGCAGUUCUCAGUGCUUGUAGCCAUGGAGGGCUUGUAAUUGAGGGGAUGGAAAUUUUUAAGAGCAUGGUUUGCAAAUAUGGCUUUUCACCACAAGUUGAACAUUAUGGAUCUCUCAUUGAUCUUCUAGGUCGAGCAGGGAUGCUACAUGAAGCGCACAAACUAAUUGAAAGCUUGCCUAUUAAGGGCGAUGCAACUGCAUGGCGUACAUUGCUUUCUGCUUGCCGAGUCUAUGGUGAUGUUAAAUUGGGGGAAUGUGUGAAAGAUGUGCUAAGCAGCAUUUAUACAGAGCAUCCUACAGAUUCACUCCUGAUUUCUGGCAUUUACGUUGCUGCUGGAAGAAUCUCAGAUCUAAUAAGAUUGCAAGAAUUGAAGCAAACUAAUGCUGUUACAGUUGAAACUGAUGGAGGAAAUAUGUUAAAGGAAGCUGGAGUCAGUAUAGUUGAAAUUGAUAAUCAGGGAUGAGGAUAUUGAUGGUUCAAGUAAAAUCACUGGCUCUAACUCUAUCACGCAUAGUGGUGGUCUCAAUACCUCGGGACAUGAUACAGUUUUGAUGUCAACACUCAAUUGCGCAAUAUGACAUUUCUGCAAUAUGUUUAGUUUGCAUUUCAAUCUUUCACAAUUUAAUUGGGAAUUCUAUAUCAUUUGAUAUUUUUCUUGUUCAUACUUCACAUUCUCAAAGUUAAUCAGCUGCUAUUUUGGAUUGGUAAAUUGCUUCUGGUCUUAAUCUCCCGUUACCAAUCAUUCUUUCAAGCAUUUCAUUAGUGCGCGAGUAUAUUUUAGUUAUUUUUCUAUCACUAGUGGUUACUCUAAUGAUGACAAGUUAUGAUAGUAUUGUAUUGUCUAUUUAUAUGGUAAUAUAACAUGCUGGCUCUUAUUAUAUCUAUUUAUAUUGCUUGCUGAAAAUUGAAUUUACCAUAAUUUGAUACUCACCAGCAAUCUAGGUAACAGGGCAAUCAUGUUCUGCAGAAGUCAAAUUUAUACUAGAAUUGCUUCCUCUGCAGCAUUAUGAAUUUAUAGCUUUUCUUGUUAGCUUUUCCCCCCUUUUCUAUUUUUGUUGUUGUUAUCAUGAAAUAAAAGACAGCACUGUUUGUUUGGAAACACUAAUUGCAUUUGCAUCUUGAAGGAGUUUAAAAUCGAGGUUUAAUCAAAUAGUAUUUACUUUUUGCAUAUUGAAGAUUGAUUGCUAAACUGCUAUAUAAUGAAGUUGCACCAACAUCACAAAUAUUGGCAGAGAAUGUAUGAGUUGAGACUGCCAAUAAAUUUGUUUAAAUGAAAUUAAGUCUUUUGCUCUUCUUAUUAAUUAUGUUUCUUUCCUAUAUAUUGACAUGUGUACAAAAAUGCUUACUUACUCCAUUUUAAUUAUAAAUAUACUCAUCUUAGUGCUUUAGUCUUGUCAAAAACCAAUAGAUGAAAGUAUGAAACUGAAUUUUAUUGACUUUACUUUCUUUUUCUCUAACUCCAACCAUUUACUAUAGUAAGUUUUGAACUUUUGAUGCAAAUAAGUAUUUUUUGUUCAUCUCUUGACAUGUUGCUUCCUUAUUUUGCUUCAUUGGCAGGGAUUCUUAUAUGGUCGUCUUAUUAUUAUUAAAUCUCAAAAAUACAUAAUAAUGCAAACUUGCACAGCUUCACUGGGAACAUCAUCUUCCGGUGGUAUUGCUUCAUCUGAUGAAGCCUCUGAGAGGAUCAAAUCAGGCUUCAUUCACUUCAAGAAAGAGAAAUGACGAAAACCUUGCUUUGUAUGUAAACUUGCCAAAGGACAAUCCCCCAAGAUACUUUUCUUUCUUUUUCUAAUAAUUUCAACUUUUUUUUUUUCUUUUAAUUAAUUUUUUUUCUAUUUUUGAUUUUUUGCUAAUGUCUGAUUUUGAUUUUUGAAUUUUAUUGUUUUUUUAAAGACAAGCUGAGGCGGAUGCUGGGAGGAUUGGUGUUGGUGUUACCAGCAAGGCACAGAGCAUCUUUGAUGCUUUGUCCAAAACGAUUUUCAAUCCUUCCUAUGUUGUUUUUCCUGCAUGACAUGAUUUUUAGGUGGAAACUGUGUUAGUUGAAUGCUCAAACUUUGCUACAUACUGAUGUAGUCUCGUAGACGCGAGAAUUAUGCUUCAUGUGGUUUUGGCCAUGGCCCUAUGCCGAGUUGAUACUUUGUUGCUAGUUGGUUCUUCGACACUUUAAUGGCGCAGCACGUGUUUAUAGGCAAUACAUUAGACCUUUCUAUAUGAACCCACAACUUUCGCAGCUGCCGCAGAUGCCACGAACUUCUCACAUGUGGUAUGUUCAAAGAAAGAACAUAUUCAGCAAGCAAGAUGAUGUUUUGACUGUGGCUGAGAGAUACAUGGAAGAGCAUGGACAGAAGCCUUUGAAAGACUCAUAAGCAGGGUAACAAAUAUUUGCUAUGUUGUGCACACUACAUGAUUCACAACUUUCUCACCCUUUAGCUUAGAUUUAGCACUAUCUCUGUCAAAACUCAAAGACUUCACAGGGAGGAAGACGCUUACAGUGAUCAAAUAAUGUACUAUAUGUUAUUUGUAAUAUUGCAUAUGGAGGUUGAUUGUCAAAUUCAGUUUUGGUUAUUCAAGCAUUUUGGAACAAUAGGCCACUAGAAAUUAUUGUAGUUAACGUAUCAUGUGCUAGAAUACUUGGCUUAGUUGGCUAACUUGAUUGUUUAUUUAAUUAUUAAAUAUAUUCUCAUUUUAGUUUUAUUUCAA